CAGUUCAGUGAAUUUCAAGAGUUUUCAGGUGCUGUGAAACAUAAGAUUUUGUCACCAUCCCGGACACGUUGGCUGUCCUACACAGCUGUUGUCAAAAGAAUUCUAGAACAGUGGGGGCCUCUCCAGCUGUACUUCACAGACUUAAAUUUGCAGCAGUGCAAGGAGACGAACACAGCUGUGAAAAAUGCAUGUGAAAACCUCCAUAAUCCAUUUAUAAAACUGUAUUACUGCUUUCUGGAUUCUGUAUUACCCAAGUUCACUCAGCUAAACCUUCUGUUUCAGAGUGAGAGAGUAGUUAUAACUGACUUACACGGUCAGGUGUGUGAUUUAUACAAGCAAAAUACUACUGAUGUAUUUGAAGCGUGAUUAUGUUAUGAAGACACCUCUCCAUACUGUUGACCCUAGAAAUGAACGUGAGUUUCUUAUGCUGGAACAGAUUUACUUAGGAGCAUCUACAAUAAGGAAGUUAUCAGAAAAUCCAGCUUUGGAGAAGUGCAAAGAGGAAAUUACUAGAUUCCGUGGGAAGUGUAGAGCCUUCUUAGCGACAGCUGCGGUGCAGAUAAAAAAAAGGUUUGACUUUUGUGAUCCAGUACUCUCAGAGUUACACGUACUGGAACCAGCAUCUGCUCUAGGUACUUGUGGAUCUCGUGUGCCUAGUCUAGUACCGCUUGCAGUAAAACUCCCUCGGAUUAUAGACCAAGACGAUUCAACUCUUCAACAACUGGACGAUGAGUGGAGGAAACUGGGAAUGGAAGAUCUUCCAGAAAACAUAAGAAACAUGAGCACGCAAGCAGAAAAAAUAAAAGAUAAGCAUCCUGAUAAGUUUUGGUGCACUUUAAAGACUUUAAAAGAUGAUGACGGAGCACCAAAAUAUAAAUGUGUAUCUGAUUUUGCCCUCGGUUGUCUCUCACUACCUCAUGCUAAUGCUGACUGCGAGCGCUGCUUCUCAGAUAUUAAUCGUGUGAAGACAAAAGACAGAAACAAACUUCAUGUCGAAACAGUGAGGGAUAUUAUUCUUGCGAAGCAGAGUGUCGUCAGCUCAGGAAGCAACUGCACCACUUUCAAGCCGUCAAGAAUCAUGGUCAGGAAUAUGACCUCAGCUAUCUUAUAUCCUGCCGGAGAGGACAGAUCUAAUGAAUCUCCUGAUCCGGGUAUCUUCAUGGAGGAACUACAGGAUGACUAGUAAUUUGGAUCAUCAAUAAGGACAUGAGGAGCAUCAUGGAGGAUACAUCACCCAGACUGACUCCACCGCCUAAGCCAGCUGUCCUGGAGGUCAGCACUCCCAAGCAUGCUGUGCCAGAAGUGUCACUCGUGUGUGAUAGUCAUAGUAACUUCACUGGGCAGGCACUGCAGCAAAAUCCUGGCACCUCCAACACCUCAAAUCGACUCAAGAGUAAUACAAAAAUGGCAAUAAUUGCUCCUGGUUGUCAGGAAGUCACUCAAGGUAUAGCAAGAUGGCCACAAACUUAUCCAAUGCAAGAUUUCCUUUGUAACAUCCCAAGAGGUGCUCCAUCACAGCCUGUAGUGAAGGACAAAGGUCACUCCAGUCCAGUUACCACUCCAAGACCUAUGCUAUCUCACAGAGAAGAAAGGGAGAUCAAAGGAUUCCAAAACACAGCCUCAUCAUCUCAUUCUAUCUACUUUGCCAAGGAAUACAAUCCUCAGUUGUAUAGUCCUGUUACCCAUUGUACUACUAGGAGCACUGCAGAGGCUGAGGAUGGGCCUCUACAGAAGGACAACUCUGUAGGGAAACGAUUAAUUUCCAGCAAACAGAGGUUUUACCCUGUCAGCACUAUCUCUCAUCCUUUGAGAAUGCAGGAAGAACCUCUCCCUGUAGUUUCUUCUACCAGAAUUACUAGACAUGAUCCUGUAAGUGCUUAUACUAACAUUGUGCCUUCAGUAAUUGAAGAUGUUCAACAGGUCAAACCCACAGGUGUUACCAUAUCUCCUCAUAUCCUACCUCAUAGUUCAGACAUGCAAGAUUCUGCUGUGGGUGAUAGCAUCAACAAUAGGCAAAAUACUUUCCCUUCAAGCUCAAGGAUCACCACAGCACAGAUUAACACAUUCACAUCAUCAUAUCCUCCUGUUAGCCUCAACAUCAUUCCCAGAAGUACUACCACAUUGCCCUUGACACCACCUGCUGAUACCCACAAGAAUGCCAUUCAUACCAGUGAGUCUUUUCCACAUUUUCAACAAACAAGGCCAUCCUCCCGUUACCAAGGCAUCAGUGGAAAAGAAAAUUGGUCUUCCCCAGCCUCAUCACCCUUCUCUGCCCCAUCUAUCAGCCCUUAUAUCACCCAUGGUCCUAAAUAUCAACAGAGCCAGUCUUUGGGCCAUUCAAGUAACCAUGACUCACCAGUGCUUCCAGAAGUUGGACUCUCUCAUAGUCCAGCAGACCCUGUUGUGUACAGGCUCAUUGAAAACCAGAAACAGCAGAUCUUGAAAUUAACCUUAGACCUCCAGAAGAUUAUAGAAAAGCAAGCUAAACAAGAAGAAGAGGAGGAAGGAAGAAAAACACUAAAGAUAGUAAACUCUCAGAGAAGAAUGAUGCAAAAGCAAGAUGUUUUACACCAAGAUGCAACCACACAGACAGAAGAUACACAACAGCUAGCAGUUCAGACUGUGGCAGUUAAUACUGAUAUAUCUUGGCAAGAGUUGAUUGGUUCAACCAAACAUCAGGAAGAGGAGAUAGCUACUUACCUGAAACAUUCAAGAAUACAAGGACAGGAGGGUUGGGUGAGGGACAUAAGUGAUGGCCAGAAAUCUUUUCCCUUGCACUGUCAUUGUAAACAGCCAAGCAACAAUGGUGAGUCAGUCUUAGAGGUGAUUAAAAAACACUCACAAGAGGACAAUGAGUUGCCCAACAGCCAGAAGUGGGAUCAAGUCAGGCCAGCAGCAGUGUCUCCCAUUGCCACCAUAAACACUAGCUUCACCAGUGCAAAUGCAGGAUUUGGCAGGAGAUGCCUGGAGGCUGUGGAUGGGGGGGACCCUGGCAUUUCUUCUGUCCCUUCCUCUACCCCACCACACACAGGCACCACAUUCUAUCACAAUGUUUUGACUAACAUUCAGCAGAUCCUUCAGCACACCAGCCCUGCACAAGAGAAGCAGGAACAACAGCAUGAACACCACCACGACCAGCAACAUGACCAGUAUCAACAUCAUCAUCCAGUUACGAUUCCCUUACAGCAGGGUACGGCAGCAAAGGGGAGCCUAGGAGAGGCCACCACACCAGAUCCCCAGAUAGAGGCAGUGAGACAACAGCUGCUCAGCUUUGGUGUCAGUUUCCUGGACCCUACCACACUCACUCCCAACAGCAGGCCUCUUGUGGAUAGCCUAUACCUCCCAGGUCUUCACAAUGCUGUGUCACUGUUCCAGAGCAGCAUCAGCACACACAUCCAUCAUGCAAAUGAUGCCACAGCUGCCAAAUACCUCACAGACUCACAGCUGGCAGCCAUUGCAGCAGCUUCUCCUGCAAUGAAAAAAGCAAGUACUGGAAGUAAAGACCAGCCUGUCUUAGAUCAGCUUCUCUCAGUGCCUCCAAUACAUCAACAACAUAAUCACCUCUACAACCCUGGUGAAGAGGACGAAAACCACAAUUGUGUUUCCAUAACCACACAGAAGUUUCUCAAGAAGUAUCACCUGCAAGAGGACUGAUGAUGUACUGGUUGUCUUCAUGAUAUGUAAGUGACCAAUUUACCAAAUGUUUGACCAACUAAACAAUGUUUUUGUUUGAAUGGCUGAUUUUUUUAAUUAAAUGGUUGUCUUUUGAAUCUUUAACUUAUUUAAAAAGGUUUCUGAUUAAUUAGUUUAUUGACUCAGAGCUUCCUGCAAACUAGUAUGGAUGCUACUCAUUUGUAUUAAUAUUAUUCAAUUUGCAUUGUCAGUGUCUGUUACUUUGUCUGGGGCAACCAAUGUCGGAUUUUCACCCAUAUAUAUAUAUAUAUAUAUAUAUAUAUAUAUAUAUAUAUAUAUAUAUAUAUAUAUAUAUAUAUAUAUAUAUAUAUAUAUAUAUAGUGGACCAUUAGACUGUGAACAUAAUUCAUUCCAGAAGAUUGUACCAUGUCCGAAUUGCUCAAAGUCUGAAACCAUUUAUCCCAUAGGAAACAUUGUAAAUCAUUUUAAUUGAUUCCAAAAUCCCAGAUUUUACCUUAGUAAAUAAAAUCUGAACUAUGUAAAA